CUCUGCUGCGAACAAUAAAUAUAGAAUACAAUUUGGAGUACAAUAUACAAGUUAUUUGUGUAGUUUAUUAGUAUAAACUACUCGCAGAUCAGCAUAUAUCACAAAAUAAACGCGUCUAUUUCUCUUAUUUUGUUACAUCAUGGAUUUUGAUUCCUACUACUCAAUUGAUUCUAUAAUUGCGGACAACCAGAAAGUGCCCUCAGAGUUCUUGACAGACGUUCCAAGCUUGGGAUGGCUUCAGGGAGGUCUCGAUAAGGAUAUAAAGGAAGGGUCCAAGGUUGAUUUGCCCUAUUGGAUGUCCUCGACACUCGCUCUAUCCGAAUACGACUUUUUAAACCUGUCUAUACCUGGCGCAUUCAGUGGACGUGUCAGUAACGCGUUAUUAGCUUCACCGACAUACGUCAAACUAGCGAACCUGAACCACUUUUGGUAUUCAUUUGGUCUGAGGAUAAGUGAUUUGUUAGAGGAUAACGCAAAACUGCAGCAAUCGUUACGUCUGGCAUUCAGUCAGCGGCUGAUUGAGAUAUUUGACUUGGGACAGUACGAGGGUAACGUCGAGGAUAAGAGCUUUGAGUCUGAGUUCAAAGCUGGUAUGGAUGAGUUAGAAAAGCAGCUUUUAGAACAUUGCUCAAGAUCUGCUGCUAAGCAUAAACGAUUGUAA